UCCGAGGAUCAAGUAACGGAAAGAUCGGCUCCUCUGGUCCAGCGGGGUUCGCGUCCGCGUCUCGCGUCCUUUUCCUUCUAAUGCAUGAUCCUCGCGAUCUAUCUGUGGAUUGGAUCGCGUUACGCGGCCACCACGUGACGAAGGAAUCACCACAUGACUCCAGGAAGUGUGAAGUGCGCGAAGAGAGUGUUCUCGGUCCAGUGUCGUCGCGUGUGUCAUUCCGAGGCAAAUUCCGGCCGAAUCGAAGGGACUGCGUGCAUUCGUACGAUUUACAUUAUCUAUCGUUGCUCGUUAAAAACAAGGGACGCGAUCUGUUACCGCUAAAUAUUUGCGAACUGCCUCUGAACUGGUCCAGUACGGCGUAAGAGGGACGUGAACCAGGUGAUCGCGGGGGUGAACAGUGCAUGUAGACGCAAGUUGUCUGACCGAGGCAGUUUGUUGGUUAGGACGCAAUGGAACGACACGUCGUUUGACAGUGAUUCGGUGUGAAAUUUUCGUCAACCGUUAGUGAUCGAUCGAAGUUCGUGUGUUUGGAUGCUGGUUCAUUGAAGCUGCUCGGAUUACGAAAUGUCCAUAUUAGAUAGUGAUAUUCUAGAACAAUAACGUCGUUUUAUUCUAUACCAAGUUAUUGCCAAAUGCUUUUUGCACAAUUCCGUGAAAGACAAAUAUAUACGAGAAACAGAGAGGGGAUGUCCGCGUAAAAGCGGAAGAAGAAAAUUUGAGAAGCUUCAGUCCGUCCAAAAGAAAGGAAAGAGAAAGGGAAUAGAGAAGAGCAGUAAAACGGUGGACGUAAUUCGACGGCAUCCGGUGCCUUGCUUCCUCUAUUCGCUCUGGCGAGCUAGGUCAUAAGAAUGAAGCGAACCGGUAAACAUCGGAGCCGUGGCUUUCUCUUGGGCAUCAUUAGGGCGAGCGCUUUUUAUUUGUACCGCCAUAUCAAGCAUGCUAUCAAGAACGAGAUCGUCUUUUUGUAACUCUCACGAUAUUUUUAAAAUGAUCUGGGCCAUUGCACUGAAACGACGAACUACCCUUCUCGAAGUUUAAUCCAGUUGUGUUGUCGUGUCGACGCAAUUAGGACACCAUUUUCGAGAUACCAUCGAAAAAUCGUGUCAGGCAUAACAGACGAAAAAAAGCUGUGCUGCGUGAACUCGCCGUAUUUACCUUUCAUAACGCUGACUCGGGGAUGUCUUUGGCCGUGUGUUGACUGCUCGUGGAAGGUCGUCAGCAGGUUUUCCCGGAAGAAUAGACAAACAACGUUGAACGUGAAAAGGGACUCGGUUUGAAUUGACAAACUCGUUCAUCUUUCGGCGAUAAUAACAUCUAACGGAUCUCUGAAAGCCUGAGAAUGAGAUGAAUGUACUUCGAGGAGCAAUUAAACGUCGUAAAGAAUAAACGAACCCUUUGGGUUGUACGUUUCGAACAUUGUGGAAUUCGUUUCGACGCCGAUCGCCUACUGAUGCAUCCUGGACGCGCACCUGGUCCUCGUGGCGACGAGGUGGGCACGAUCGCGCGCGUUCCAGCCUCCGGGGGCGGGUAGAAGUUCUAGGGGGAAAUGAAAUCGUUGGUCGAGCUCGAGUGAUCGCGAAAGGGAGCAGGCGUGGAGACGGGGUUUCAAGGGCGCGAACGAAGAUGACGUCGUCGAUCCUGGCGCUGCUCGGCCUAAUCCUGGCGACCGCCAGCGCCGAGCUCAGCUCGAGGAUCGUCAGGACAAAGUAUGGGGAACUAUCGGGCGUUAUCGUGACCCUCGAUCGGCACCUCGAGGGCGUCGAGGUGUACCGUGGCGUUCCGUACGCGUCGCCGCCGAUCGGCUCGUUGCGUUUUAUGCCCCCUGUCAGCAGUGCGCUUUGGCACGGCGUUAAGGUGGCCGAUAAAUUCGGGCCUGUUUGCCCGCAAAGGCUGCCCGAGCUUACCGAUAAAAUGCCGAAAGGUAGAGUCGAGUACUUGAGGAGGCUGCUGCCCUACCUAAAGAACCAGAGCGAGGAUUGCCUGUACUUAAACAUUUACGCACCGGUUCAAGCUGGCGCGAGGGACGGAGGAGGCAGGAGAUACCCGGUGAUCGUGUUCGUGCACGGCGAGAGCUAUGAAUGGAGCAGCGGCAACCCCUACGAUGGCAGCGUGCUGGCGAGCUACGGGGGUGUCGUCGUCGUCACCAUAAAUUAUAGACUCGGUAUUUUAGGCUUUCUAAACGCCAACACGGAUUCGCACUUACGCUCGCCGGCGAAUUACGGCUUGAUGGAUCAGAUCGCUGCGUUACACUGGGUGCAAGAGAACAUCGGCUACUUUGGUGGUGAUCCUAGGAACGUGACGUUGGUCGGCCACGGUACCGGGGCUGCUUGCGUCAAUUUCCUAAUGACCAGUCACGCGGUGCCAGACGGCUUGCUGUUUCAUCGCAGCGUUCUAAUGUCUGGUAGCGCGCUUUCACCAUGGGCGCUGGUGAGAGGAGCUGCAAAUUACGCUCUGCAAGUUGCCAAACAUCUAAAUUGCUCGUGGGCCGCAGGUGAUCCCCAGGCAUUGCUCAAAUGCCUGAGAGAGGUGCCGCUGGACGCGCUGGUUUCGGUCCCCGUAAAAGGGUUGGAAUUCGCGCCUGCUUUCGGACCCAGCAUAGACGGCGUGGUGAUCGAUCCGGGCGAUCCUGACGAUCAGGAUUUCACUCUGCAAGUGGACACGAUCAAUACGUUGAACAACAUCUUGAUGCGGAAGGACGUCGUAUCGAAACUCUCGAGAUACGAUCUGAUGAUCGGCGUUGUCCGAUCGGAGGCGUAUUUCGCUUUAACGGCGGAUGACGCGCAGUACGGGAUCGAGGCUGACAGAAGAACAAAAAUUCUACGCGAGUUCGUACGUAACACGUACACGUAUCAUCAAGCAGAGAUCUUGGCGACGAUAAUCAACGAGUAUACCGACUGGGAACGACCUGUUCAACAUCCAGUGAACAUAAAGGACGAAACCUUGGAAGCUUUAGGAGAUGCCAACACCGUGGCACCGGCUACGAGAACAGCAGACCUUCACAGUCAAUCCCAUCGAAACUCUUACCUGUACGUGUUCGAUUAUCAGACAAAGUUCGGCGAUUAUCCUCAGAGACCAGGCUGCAUCCACGGCGAGGACCUACCAUAUUUUUUCGGAGCACCCUUGGUAGGUGGUUUAUCCCAUUGGCCCAAGAACUACACAAGGCCAGAGAUCACUCUGUCCGAGAGCGUGAUACUCUAUCUGACGAACUUCGCACGCACCGGAAAUCCGAACGAGGGAACGCCGGACGUUGGACCGUUGAGACCCGAGAGAACAAAGUUGAAGAACAUCGAUUGGAUCGCUUACGAAACGGUGCACAAGAAGUACCUGAGCAUAGAGAUCAAGUCGAAGCUGAAGAACCACUACAGAGCGCACAGACUGUCGUUUUGGCUGAACCUUGUGCCUGACCUCCAUAAGCCUGGCUCCGACGAUGUUCCUAGAUCGCAUCAUCUGCUUGACACUGAACAGGUGCCACCCAGAUUCAUCCAGAGGAUACCAACGACGACACGGAUGACUACGGUGGAGGUAACGCUCGCGGAGAGGACGCAAAACGUCUCGACAGCGAUACCAAGCGAGCUAGCCUUCGAAGAUUCGACCACCCAACCGGAAGAUGGGUUCGCAGCUUACUCCACAGCCCUCAGCGCAACCAUAGCGAUUGGCUGUAGCAUAUUGGUCCUUAAUGUUCUAAUUUUCGCGGGUGUAUGCUAUCAGCGCGAUAAGAGCAACCAACAUAAUUGCACAAAAAAACGUCAGGAGAAUGGACAAAUGCCUAACAACAUUUGCGGAGAUCUGGACACGAAGAGUGUCGAAAGGCACCAUAUUCAACAUAUUCCGCCACCAGAGUUUGCAGAUUUGCAGAACAAUAGCUGUCACGUACCGAUGCCACCUCCACCGCCGAAGAACACAAAACCGGGAAAGCCAGGACAGAAUCUUAUCAUCAGUCCUAAUCAACUUCAACAGGAAAGUAUGGCGAUGACUGGCACCGGGACGCUGAAGAAGGGUCACAAUCAUCAGCAACAGGUAAUGGACGAGCUGAGAGUUUGACUCCACGAGCACCUCGUGAAUGUAGCCGAACAGCUACGAACGACUGAUAGUCACGUAAAGUUUAAUUUGCACCGUACGCUCGUGCAUUUGAAAGCACAGAAUGGAAAGGGACUGUUAGCGUUUUAAGGAAACGUUCUGAAACCUUGUCGUGAAUCUGUUGACAGUUCUGGAGAAACUGAAGAAGAUAGGUGCAUCGAAUUUAUUGCAACACUGGGUUUCUCCAUGUACGAGAUCUGUCAAAUCUGUCAGGCGUCAAAACGUCGAUCAUAUUUCUUUAUAAUUGACAGAAGUAAUGUUAAUUCGCGACAAUGCAAAGAACGAACGUUCGACUGUGCUUGUUGCUGACAAACUUAUCCAAAUCCCUUCGGUGAAAUCGCUCACGAACGUAAAAUCUCGUGAGUCUGACUCCUUGUCCUUUUCUACUUACUCCGGUAAAACAAAGAGAAAGAAGAAAACCUUGCGACCAACUGCCGAAAAAUCGUAUAGUCUUCGAUAUAUAAUUAACGAUGUCUAAGUAGAAUCUUUGAUCCUCGAGGAAACAUUGGAACCGUUUCUCGACGAUGGCUCAAUCGUUCUCCCAGAAAGAUUAUUUCUCGAAUCUUUUGUAACUCUUCACGGUCCAAAGAAUUUUUUCUUCUUUCUGAUCGAGGAAUUGAACAUUAUCGAAGAAUUCUGUUGAACAAAAACUAAAAGUAUCUAAUGAAAACCGCGAGGAGGUAAGCAUUCUGUUUCUAAACAACGUUCACUUCGAUAUCAGGCAGAAAGAAUGCACGUACGAGUCAGACUGGCUUAUUUAUACAUCUAUUCUUUCGACAAAUGGUAGAUUCUCGGCCAGAUUUGCGAUUCAGUGACUCGUGCGUUCGAUUCCUUCUUCGUAGAAUUAGAAUUUCGAAUAAGAUCCAUUUGCAUCAUCGACGACAUUUCCAGCAGUCUAUGAAACUUCCAUUCUUUUCUGAAAUUAAAUUAGUCGAAGUACUUUCCACUGUCCCACGAGAGAAAGAAACAGAGCCUCGGAAUCGAUCGUUCGAUUAUCCACGCUCUGUCACUGCCACGGUGAACGAGCUCAUCUGGUGAAAUUCAAAAAGCUGGAAGUAGUGUCGAUCGGCCUAGAUGCUCAAUAAAAAGUUACAAAACAAAAGGAACAAAUAAACAUAAAAAGAAAUGGCCACCGAUGACACGAUGCAAUUGAGAUCUCGAAUAGAGCGGCGUCAUAAGAGGGUUCUUUUUUUACAAACGUAAAAAACAGGAAGAAACGAGAUCGUCUUAUGAUAGAUGAUUUAUCGUUAAAACUAUACAACAGCAUACUGCCAAACAGUUGAAAGCGAUACUUUUAACUUGGGAUGCGAGUCAAUACGAAGUGUCGAUAAUGCUACAAUAGUGAUCGCCUCAAAACGAAAAAUCGUCGAUCGUAUGUACAGUCGCGAUUCGAAAAAGAAAAAUCGGGAAACGAGUGGUUUUUGGUCCAAUUUUUUUUUUUUAGAUCGUGGCUACGUCAAACAUUCUAACGAAGCGUGGACGUACUGUAUGAAAACAGAAUGGGUUUAGACUGUAAAUAAUAAUUAAUUUAACUUAGUGGUUUGUCAAGUCGUUUGUGGCAAGAAUUUUGUGGUGUAUGAAACGACGAAGAAACGAGGAAACCGAUUGUAAUUGCACUUGUGUCGAGUAACAAGAUGGUGUGUCAGCGUAGAAGCACUGGACGUAAUUUUAAAUUUGUAUAUAAUUGACAUUACAAUAAACUGUGUAAACAAUUACAAUUA